GCAACGCAUGCGCUUUAAAAUCCCCAUGCUGGUUAUCAUUUUUAACCUCUACUAUCCAAAGACGGCAAAGUCAGCAGUUGUUAUGCCAUCAGAUGACAUCUUUAUUUACCAAAAUAUUUAAUCAUCUGUCAAAUUUAUAAAAUAAUAAUAUCAUAAAAAUGAUUUCAACGACAAAUAUGACGGAUCUCCAGAAGCUGGAAGAGCAGGCGAAAGCAACAGCAACCAAGCACGUGAUCAACAUGCUCCAGCGUCCAGGUCAGUUGGAAAAAGUUGAGCAAUACAAGCGCCGCAUCACUCGCAAAAAAGCAUCAGUUGAAACCAUGCUCAAGACGGCGAUGCAGAGUCAGUUGGAUGGAGUCCGUGUGGGAUUUCAUCAGCUGGAAACCUCCUUGUCGACUAUCGCAUCCAUAAAAGAAGAGCUGGAUCUCAUAGGCCAGUCCUUUGGUUCUGCGCUUGAACUCAACACCAAGUUACAGCCGGUUCAAGAGGAGAACAUGCGUCACUCCCAGUAUGUCACAGCAAAAGAAAAUCUCAAGCACAUAUUCACCGUGCCCGAGUCCGUUGAAAAAACAAAGCAGUGGAUAAACGAGGGCAAGCUCUUGCACGCUCACCAGAGUCUCAUGGACUUGGAGAAUUCCCGAGACGAUUUACUCUACGAGUUACACAAGCUGCCCAACCAGUCGCUACCUGACAAAGUGAUGCUCAAAGCCUACUUCGAGGACGUGGAGACCCUGUCCCAGUUGAUGGAGAAGCAAAUAAAACUUGUGCUGAGUCGUACCUUGAAUACUGUACGGAAAGAGCCGACAGUUAUUGUGACAGCGCUACGGAUAAUUGAACGCGAGGAAAAAGCUGAUCAGUUCGCGAUCCAGCGUCAGCGGCAAUCGGGAUUCAUUCCACCAGGACGUCCCAAGAAGUGGAAGGAAAUGGCGAUGCAGACUCUGGAGAAGUCUGUUGCGAACCGAAUCGAAGGGACUCAAGUUGACGAACGGGCUGACAACAAAAUGUGGCUUGUCCGGUAUCUGGAACUCACUCGCCAAUUGAUCCUGGAAGAUCUGCGGGUCGUAAAAACACUUUGCGGUCCUUGUUUCCCGCCUUCUUACGACAUAGUAAAUAAAUUCGUGCGCAUGUACCACGACAGUUUGUCUCAGCACCUGAAAGACAUAAUUGCCAAUGGGCUUGAAGGCAACGAGUACGUGUCCCUGCUUGCUUGGAUCAUGAACACUUAUCCUGGUACCGAGCUGAUGAUGCACCCGGAGUUGAAUAUAAAUAUUUCCGAAAUCGGGGAUCUGCUGGCUGUCGAAAUCCUCGAUGAGCUGCAGGAAAAAUAUCUGAGGAACAUGUGCCAGAAUUAUGAAGACUGGAUGAAGAAGACGUUGGAGACGGAGAAAGUUGACUGGUGGAGCGGAAAAGCGCCAGAGUCUUCAGCUCAGGACACGUAUUAUCAUACCGCAGCACCAGUUAUAAUUUUCCAAAUGAUUGAUCAGAACUUGCAGGUCACCAAGACCAUCAGCACUGACCUGACCGCCAAGGCUCUGGUUGUCUGCAUCGAGCAGGUCAACAAAUAUGGUCUGAUGUAUCGGCAGGCUAUAAUGGAGUUCAAAGCAAAACAUUUUGAUGACCGUAGCCAGGUGCCGUAUUUUACCCACCAUAUGAUCACGGUAGUGAAUAAUUGUCUCCAGUAUGUCGAGUUGGCGCAGCAGAUGAAACAAUUGUACUGGGUGACCAACGCCACCACUGAUGCGGCAGUUAAAUUUGAAAACUUGCUUGCUAACUAUCAGCAGCUGCGUAAUGAAACGGUUGCUAUUUUACUAGAAGAGUCGCUGCUGGAUUUAGAACCUCAGUUCCAGGAUUUGUUGACACCCAAGUGGUUGAAUACUUCAAUUGCCGUCGAAACAAUUUGCGUUACGUUGGAAGAUUAUUUCCAGGACUACGGACACCUGAGGGUUAAAAAUUUCGAGUAUGUAAUAAAUGAGGCGCAGAAUCUGAUUGCCAAGAGAUACAUCUCGGCGAUGUUGUCACGAAAAAUAUCACUGAAGAAUUACGACGAGUGCUUGACCUGCACUUCCAAGAUCAUGAGCGAAGCAGACAAACUAAAAAAUUUUUUUGUGCGCAUCGCACCCAAGGUGGGGAACUUUGAUUCCCCUUUUGAGAUCAUCAAGAGACUGGCGGAGGUUCUCAGGUGCGAGGAUGCCGAAAUUCUGACCCUGGAUCUCCACUCGCUGGUGGAAAAGUAUCCGGACAUGACUGAUGAUCACUUGGUAAGACUGCUGAGUUUGCGAGGUGACAUUCCUAGGAGUGAAGCCAAGGAGAAGGUCGCGUAUAUUUUGGAGGCACAAAAAAAUAGAAAAACUACUCCGAGUACCAGCAAUAGUAUUUUUAAACAGAUUGUACUUCAAGACAGUUUUUUGAGCUGGAAACCCUAAAGAUUUUAAUUAUUUAUUAGGGUAAAUACACCAAUAGAUGGACGAAUAUUAUUUUAAUAACCGAUUAAAUAAAAUUUAGGGAUGAAAAUGUAACAUAAAAAUUUUUAGGCAAUUAAAAAAAAAAUUCUUUUAACCAUAAAACAAUGAGUGUAGAAGGAAUUUUUUUGAAUGGCCAGCAUCUGUCCAAAAAUGGCCCAAACGAAAACUUUUUUUUUUCAUUUUUUUCGUUGUUAAAUGUAGUUUUCAGAAAAAAAUACAAAAAAAUUAUUCAGAAGGUCCUUCUAUUUUUAAACUUGAUUUUUCGGACAAAAUUCAAAUUAUUUCGAACAUUACCAUUUAAAUUUAUUGUUUUUAUUUUUUUUUCCAAAUUUGAAAAUUUUCUGAGCACUCUUAAAAAUUUUAAGCAUGGUGUUAUGAGAAAUAAGGCUAGUUGUAAAUAAUUUUUUUUUUCAAUUGGAAAAAAAAAAUAUAAAUCGAAAAAACAUCACUCUGAAAAAAUUUGAGGAUCUGCAGAAAAUGUCAAAGUUUCAUAUAAAAAAAAAAAAUCAAAAACCAAAAAUGGUAAACAUCGAAAAAUUUUUGAUUUUUUCUAAAAAUCUACAAAAAACAAUGAAAAUAGGUUGCAAUAAUUUUUUUGUAUUUUUUUUCAAAAAGUACAUUUAAAAACAAAAAUUUUGAAAAAAAAAAACGUUCCAAUCAGUCGAAUUUUGAAAAAGUUAUAGCUAUUUAAAAUAAAAAAAGCCAUUUUUUUCAAAAAUUUAUAACUUUUUUUCGGUUGGGUGAAAAAAUUUGAAAAAAUUAUGAGAAACGUUUUUGAUAGGGUAGAAAAAGAAAAAAAAUUUUCAGCCAAAUUAAAGGUGUCGAAUUCAAAAGUGGUUGAUUUGGCGUGGAAUGCCCCAUAUAUAAGAAGACGAAAAUAUCAUUUGCAAGAAGUGUCCAUCUACUGGUAUUGGCUGUCCAUCUAUUGGAGAUUUCGUCCAUCUACUGGGGAUUUUGACUUUUUCUUAAAUUUUCCUUUUCUGUAAUCAACCACUACGUUAUAAAAAGUUUUAAUUAUUUUUUUCUAGUUAAUUAAACAUUUUUGCUUAAGUAUAAUUCAUUUUAUUAUAAUUUAUUUAUAUUUUAUUGCUUCAUUUCGAUUAAAAAACAUGAGAGUCUGCUUAACCGUCAACCUAUUGGUGCGUUUACCCUAUUCAGAAAUUAUAUUUAAUAUUUUUAAAUUAUUUAUAAUUUAUUUGUUAAUUAAUACAGCAUACAAUUAAUAUUAAUAUUCAU